UUUAUUUUCCCCUUGUUCUGCUUUUAGUAAACAAUGGACCCAGACGUGAAAGUGAAUGAAGAUUUCAAAAGCCAAUUUAAGGCUUAUCAGGAGCAACAGCAAAGGAGGCUGCAAAAUUUGGUGGAGAGGAAGAAGGAAAAGCAGAACGGCCAGAAGAACACGGGCAGCACAAAGGAGACUGUAAGAUCCCUGAGUGAUCUGAACCUGUUUAAAAAAGGACCUCCUGUAAUGGAAGAUGCCAGCAAAAGUUUGCUUGAGGCUGAGAAUGAGCAGCUGCAGAAUGAGCUCCGAGAGGUCCGGGAUGAGAACUGCAGGCUCUAUAAACUGGUGUCAGAGAAAGAUUUUGAAAUAAAGCAGCUCCAGAAAAGAGUGGAGGAGGAGAGGUUAGCUCUGUCAGGGGUGUCUGGUUUAGCUGGAGAUGUGGCAGCCACUAAAAUAGUUGAGUUGGCCAAAAAGAACCGUGAGAUGACUGCUGAGUUUGAGAGUGAGAGAGCCAGAGUGAAGCAGCUGAAUCACAAAGUCAAGGAGCUGGAGAGAGAACUACAGGCAGCCACAGGAAAAAUCCAUUCCCUUGGUGGUGAUGCUGCAGGAAUCAAGGAAUCAACUCUGAAAAUGCUGGAAGGAAACUUGGCUGAAAGUCCAGAGGUGAAAGCACUGCAAGAAAAACUGAGCACAGCCAACGUAAAAGUGACGGAAUAUCGGAACCAGCUCCAGAAUGUGAGACAGGAACUGAAGCUGACCCAAAAGGUUUUAGCCAAAGAAGUUGGGGAAGAUGUGAAUAUCCAAAGUCUCUUGACCAAUUCUGGCAGCUGGCGUGGACGAGCUCAGCAAAUUCUUCUUCUCCAAACCAGGGUUCAAGAGCUGGAGCAUAAAUUGAGACAAUGCAAGAUCAGAACUUCACUGCUUGAGACAGAUGAGGGAUUUCUGGAAUUUGCUGAUCCAAGGAAGUUGUCAGUCCAAGAGAAAAACUUGCUGAAGAUUCGCAGCUUGGAAAAAGAAAAGAAGGAAUCUUUGGAGAAACUCACCGAGCAACACAACACUCUCCAAAAAAACCAUGAGGAAUUGAAAAAAAAACUUGAUGCCUCAAGAGCCAGGAACCAAAUGCUGUGUGGAGAAGUGAAGAUGCUGAAGGGACAGUUUGGAACCUUGCUGGAGAAAGGGAAACAUGAUGAUGAGCUCAUAGAUGCCUUGCUGAGCCAGCAGAAGCAAAUGCAGGAGAUCUUGAUGGGCCUGAGCCAGAAGGAAUGUGUGGUCAAGGAGCCUUGGCAGAUGAUGGGGCACCACUGGAGUGGGGAGACUCAGGAACAGAACCUGAUAGACCAGCUCAGGGAGUUGGUGGCUGAUCGAGAAGCAAAGAUUCAGAUGCUGGUGGAGGAGAUUGGAAAACUCACACUUGGGGACUUGUCAGGACCUGCUCAUCCACCACGCUCUGAGCACUCAGGAUCACCUGAGGGAUCAGCCAGCAGCAAGGCUGGAGGGACAGAAUCUCCCUGCACAGUGUCCACGAUGAGCUGUGUGCUCGUGGAGUCAGCAGCCACAAAGCCUUUCCUCCUCAGGGACACCAUCCCAUCUGGAAUGUCUGGUGGCACAGACAGCUUGAGCUGGGACGUGUUCAGGGGGAGAGAGCUCUUAGAGCAGAAGGCUCUGUGCCAGGCUGCUGAAGUGGACAGGAACAACCUCCUGGGGAUGGUGACUGUGCUGCAGAGAAGGGUGAAUGAAAGCAGCAAGGAAAUCUUGGUAUUUGAGGAGGAGCGGCAGCAGAGUGACUUCUUGGGAGAGCAGCUUGAAAAUCUGCAGGUGGAUCCAGGGAGCAGCACAAGUGCACAGAAACCUGUCCAGAGGAAAAGAAAAGCCCAGCCAAGCCUCCCCUGGCCUGUGAGUGACAGAGAGGAGCUCCCUGCAGCCCUGUCCAAGCUGCCCCUGGAAUCCCAGGUAGAGGAGCUGAACAUAAGGUAUGUUCUCCCUUUCUCCAUGCUGGGAUUGCUCUUCCCUGGCUCAGGGAGAGGAGGAGCAGGUGCUCAGUCUGCUCUUUCUCAGGGCUCUCAUAAAAUCACUGCAGCUCCUGGGCUUCAGUGUUUCUUCCCCAGAACAGAGGCGACUGUUGGAAAUUUGCUUUGAAGCUCCCCAGCUCACAGGGAAGUUUUUUCCUUUUGUUUCCUUGCAGGCCUGGGAUCCAGCUGGAUGAGAACAAAGGCUGAAGGCUCCUCUGGAGGUGACUGUGAGAAAGAGAGAGGAAGAUUUUAAGCUGUAACAAGUGAUAGUGGAGCAAGUGAAGGAUAGUUUUUCACUGGCCAUUCAGUGGCACACACAAGGGAAGAAUUAAGCCAGAUAUUCCCCAUCCUUUGGGCUGCAGAGCAGGGACAGAGCCCAGGCACCAGUGUCAUUUUAUAGCCUCAGAUCGUGUCACUUCUUUAGCAUUUGCAGGAGAGGAUGAGAAACAGAGAUGAAAUACAGAAAGUGAAGGUUUUAUGUGUCAGCAAUUUCUGUCUGUGAGAGUUGGCAAGCAGGGCUGGUUGGUGCAGUUUGGAAAGCUGCAAUUCUGCGGGGGGAUUUUGGGCAAAACUUCCCAGAUUUCAGCACAGUGUUCCCUGAGAGGGCUCGAUAUUCAAUCUGCUGCUGCCUU